GUUCCUGAUGCAGUUGGACUCCGCCACCCGGGGUGGAGUGGACUACGACGUUGUCCUGAAGCUCCGCGUGUCGCCUAAGGAUGAUGUUCAGCAGCUGGCUUCUCAGUCGCUUUGCGGCUCCCGCUUCCACGUGCGCUCUGUGCUGAACGCCUUUGCCACGCAGCCUUCCCUGGACUUGAUUGCCCCAGCAGGCACCAUUAUCGAUCGCAAGAUGAGCGCCAAGCACUUGGCACCGCCGGUCUUCAGCAAGAUCCUCGGCAAUCGCACCUGGGCCGGACCCAGCGCUAGCAGUGCCAAAGGCGUCCGCUCGCUUCUGCUCAUGAACACGGGCAACGUGGGCCUCAACGACGCAGAGGACCUGGCCACCUACGUUGCGGGCGGCAGCUUCUGGCUCCGACGGGAGGCCGAGCCCCUCAAGACCGCGGUCUCAGCCAUUCCUCGCCUUGCUCCCCUGAUUCAGAAGCACAACGACGAAGCACGUGCCCUGGAGCAUGCUCUCGAGUGCUUUGUUGCCACAGCCCUUCGUCUUCGAGGCCGAAGCCUGGCCACCAUGCCCACGGCCCCCAAGGUCAUU